GAUGAGGACGUUCCUGCAGAUAUGGUCGCAGAAGAAUCCGGUCCAGGAGCUCAGAAUAGUCCCUACCAACUUAGAAGAAAGUCUCUACCCAAGAGAACAGUGUGUCCGACAAAGACAAACAUGGAGGGUGCCUCCACUUCAACAACAGAAAACUUUGGACAUCGACCUAAGCGUCCCAGAGUUUCUGGAAAGUGUCAAGAUCUACCUGCAGCUCCAGCAGAGCUGUAUUUGCAGGAAAAGCUUCCAGAUGAGGUGGUGCUGAAGAUCUUCUCAUACCUGCUGGAGCAGGACUUGUGCCGUGCAGCAUGUGUGUGCAAGCGCUUCAGCGAGCUGGCCAACGACCCCAUCCUCUGGAAAAGAUUGUACAUGGAAGUCUUUGAAUACACACGACCCAUGAUGCAUCCUGAGGCAGGGAAGUUCUACCAGAUAAACCCAGAAGAAUACGAGCAGCCAAACCCCUGGAAAGAGAGUUUUCAGCAACUGUAUAAAGGGGCCCAUGUAAAGCCCGGCUUUGCCGAACACUUCUACAGUAAUCCUGCCAGAUACAAAGGGAGAGAUAACAUGUUUUAUUAUGACACCAUUGAGGACGCUCUCGGAGGGGGACAGGAGCCUCACUUUGACGGCUUGAUAUUUGUCCACUCUGGAAUUUAUACAGACGAAUGGAUCUAUAUUGAGUCACCUAUCACAAUGAUCGGAGCUGCUCCUGGAAAAGUGGCAGAGAAAGUCAUCAUUGAGAACACCAGAGACUCUACAUUUGUAUUUAUGGAAGGCUCAGAGGAUGCCUAUGUUGGAUACAUGACCAUACGGUUCAAUCCCGAUGAUAAAUCCGCCCAGCACCACAAUGCACAUCACUGCUUGGAGAUUACAGUCAACUGCAGCCCCAUCAUCGAUCACUGCAUCAUACGCAGCACCUGUACAGUGGGGUCGGCCGUCUGUGUGAGCGGACAGGGUGCGUGUCCCACGAUCAAGCACUGCAACAUCAGUGACUGUGAAAAUGUUGGUCUCUACAUCACAGACCAUGCACAGGGGAUAUAUGAAGACAAUGAGAUCUCAAACAACGCCCUGGCUGGGAUCUGGGUGAAGAACCAUGGCAACCCAAUCAUCAGACGGAACCACAUCCACCAUGGCAGAGAUGUAGGGGUCUUCACAUUUGACCACGGCAUGGGUUACUUUGAGAGCUGCAACAUCCAUAGGAACCGCAUAGCUGGCUUUGAGGUGAAAGCAUAUGCCAAUCCAACCGUGGUGCGCUGUGAGAUCCACCACGGUCAGACCGGGGGCAUCUAUGUACACGAGAAGGGGCGUGGGCAGUUCAUCGAAAACAAGAUCUAUGCAAAUAACUUUGCAGGAGUGUGGAUUACCUCGAACAGCGACCCCACAAUAAGGGGAAAUGCCAUAUUUAAUGGCAACCAGGGUGGCGUUUAUAUAUUUGGCGAUGGCAGAGGCCUCAUCGAGGGGAACGACAUCUAUGGUAAUGCCCUGGCAGGAAUCCAGAUCAGGACAAACAGCUGCCCUAUCGUCAGGCACAACAAGAUCCACGAUGGUCAACACGGUGGCAUAUAUGUGCAUGAAAAGGGACAAGGAGUCAUAGAGGAGAAUGAAGUGUACAGCAAUACACUGGCAGGAGUGUGGGUGACGACGGGCAGCACGCCAGUUCUGAGGAGGAACCGGAUACACAGCGGGAAGCAGGUUGGAGUCUACUUUUAUGACAAUGGUCAUGGUGUGCUGGAGGACAAUGAUAUCUACAAUCACAUGUACUCUGGAGUUCAGAUAAGGACUGGCAGCAAUCCUAAAAUCAGACGGAAUAAGAUCUGGGGAGGGCAGAAUGGAGGCAUUUUGGUUUACAACUCAGGCUUAGGAUUCAUCGAGGACAAUGAGAUCUUCGACAAUGCAAUGGCAGGAGUGUGGAUAAAGACGGACAGCAACCCCACUUUGCGGAGAAACAAGAUCCACGACGGGAGAGACGGUGGAAUCUGUAUAUUCAACGGAGGGAGAGGUUUGCUCGAGGAGAACGACAUCUUCCGAAAUGCCCAGGCAGGUGUUCUCAUCAGCACCAACAGUCACCCGGUGCUGAGGAAAAACCGGAUAUUCGAUGGAUUCGCUGCAGGUAUUGAGAUCACAAACCAUGCCACAGCGACCCUUGAAGGCAAUCAGAUCUUCAACAAUCGUUUUGGUGGAUUGUUUCUUGCAUCUGGUGUCAAUGUUACAAUGAAAGAUAAUAAAAUAUUGAACAAUCAAGAUGCCAUUGAAAAGGCUGUGAGCAGAGGUCAGUGCCUGUACAAAAUUUCAAGUUACACCAGCUACCCAAUGCACGAUUUUUACAGGUGUCACACCUGUAACACAACAGACCGCAACGCCAUUUGUGUGAACUGCAUCAAAAAGUGUCACCAAGGGCACGACGUGGAGUUCAUCAGACACGACAGAUUCUUCUGUGACUGUGGUGCGGGGACGCUUUCAAAUCCAUGCACGUUAGCUGGAGAGCCGACACACGACACAGACACUCUAUAUGACUCUGCUCCCCCUAUAGAGUCCAAUACCCUGCAGCACAACUGA